UCUUGCAUCAGCCUGCAAAAGUUUCCUUCCAGCCCGGCUUCUCCAUCUAGGGCGGGAAAGCAAGAUCUGUCUACUUUCCCUUAAUGCUGUGGAUUAAAUUUCUGGAAACUUCCUGCCUUCCUCUGCCAAAAGAUCAUCUUAACACCCAGGGCUGUCGGAAGAUUUCAAGAUGCUUAUUUCUUCCCAGAGGCUGAUACCUUUGCUACUCCUCCUGCUGCUGGAUAUUCCCAUCACAGUGAAAGCUCAGGUCAACCCAGCUAUCUGUCGCUACCCCCUAGGUAUGUCAGGUGGGCACAUCCCUGAUGAAGACAUUUCUGCUUCAAGCCAAUGGUCAGAAUCCACAGCAGCCAAGUAUGGAAGGCUAGGUUCAGAAGAUGGUGAUGGUGCAUGGUGCCCUGAGAUCCCUGUGGAACCUGAUGAUCUCAAGGAGUUCUUGGAGGUUGACUUACAUGAGCUACAUUUUAUCACCUUAGUAGGGACUCAAGGCCGGCAUGGAGGAGGCCAUGGCAAUGAGUUUGCUCCAAUGUACAAAAUUAAUUACAGCCGGGAUGGCACCCGCUGGAUUUCUUGGCGAAACAGGCAUGGAAAGCAGGUACUUGAAGGAAACACUAAUCCAUAUGACAUUGUCCUCAAGGACUUGGAGCCACCCAUCAUCGGGCGAUUCAUUCGCUUCAUCCCUGUGACUGAGCACUCUACAAAUGUGUGCCUCAGAGUUGAGCUCUACGGUUGUGUUUGGUUGGAUGGGUUGGUUUCAUAUAACGCUCCAGCAGGGCAACAGCUAGUUCUACCUGGUGGCACCGUGACUUACUUGAAUGAUUCAAUCUAUGAUGGUUAUAGCAUGACAGAAGGAUUAGGACAAUUAACAGAUGGGGUUUCUGGCUUGGAUGAUUUCAGCCAGAGCCAUGAAUAUCAUGUAUGGCCUGGUUAUGACUAUGUUGGUUGGAGCAAUGAGAGCACCACAGAUGGACACGUGGAAAUCACCUUUGAAUUUGACCGAAUCAGAAAUUUCACCACCAUGAAGGUUCACUGCAACAAUAUGUUUGCCAAAGGAGUAAAGAUUUUCAGGGAGGUGCAGUGCCAUUUCCGCUCUGAUGCAAAUGAAUGGGAACCAAACACCAUCUCCUCAGUACUGGUACUAGAUGAUGUGAAUCCCAGUGCUCGCUUUGUGACAGUACCCCUUCUCCAUCGGAUGGCUAAUGCCAUCAAAUGCCAGUUCUACUUUGCUGACACCUGGAUGAUGUUCAGUGAGAUUACCUUCCAGUCAGAUACAGCUAUGUACAACAAUUCUGGAGCCCUUCCUGAGUCUUCAGUGACUCCCACUACUUACGAUCCUACUCUCAAAGUAGAUGACAGCAAUACUCGCAUCUUAAUUGGCUGCUUAGUGGCAAUCAUCUUUAUCCUCGUGGCCAUCAUUGUAAUCAUACUCUGGAGGCAGUUUUGGCAGAAGAUGUUAGAAAAGGCCUCCCGCCGGAUGCUGGAUGAUGAAAUGACUGUCAGUCUCUCUCUACCCAGCGAAUCCAAUAUGUUCCACCACAGCAGCUCCACGCCAUCCAGUGAACAAGAAUCAAACUCCACUUAUGACCGCAUAUUCCCCCUAGGGCCAGACUAUCAAGAGCCAUCGCGACUGAUCCGCAAGCUUCCUGAAUUCAUCCCAGGGGAAGAUGAGGCAGGCUGCAGUGGGAUCACCAAGCCAACCCAGCCAAACGGAGCCGAAGGGGUUCCCCAUUAUGCAGAAGCAGAUAUUGUGAACUUGCAGGGAGUGACAGGCAGCAACACCUAUUCGGUCCCUGAAAUUACCAUGGACUUACUCUAUGGCAAAGACGUGACUGUGGCCGAGUUCCCUAGGAAGCUGUUGACUUUCAAGGAGAAAUUGGGAGAAGGACAGUUUGGGGAGGUUCACCUGUGUGAAGUGGAAGGAAUGGAGAGGUUUGUGGACAAGGAUGCUGUUCUGGAUGGUAGUGUCACCCAGCCUGUCCUACUGGCUGUGAAAAUGCUGAGAGCUGAUGCCAACAAGAAUGCCAGGAAUGACUUCCUCAAGGAGAUUAAGAUUAUGUCCAAGCUUAAGGACCCCAAUAUCAUCCGGUUGCUGGCCGUGUGCAUCACCGAUGACCCUCUCUGCAUGAUUACUGAGUACAUGGAAAAUGGUGAUCUCAACCAGUUUCUGUCUCGUCAGGAACCCCAAAACCUGUCAGAGAGCUCCACCCCUCCUGUCAGUUAUGCCAACCUGAAAUUAAUAGCUACCCAGAUCGCUUCUGGCAUGAAGUAUCUUUCCUCUCUGAAUUUUGUUCACCGAGAUUUGGCUACACGCAACUGUCUGGUGGGCAAGAAUUACACCAUCAAGAUAGCAGACUUUGGCAUGAGCCGCAACCUCUACAGUGGGGACUACUACAGAAUCCAGGGCCGGGCAGUACUCCCUAUUCGCUGGAUGUCAUGGGAAAGCAUCCUUCUGGGAAAAUUCACCACAGCAAGUGAUGUGUGGGCUUUUGGUGUUACGCUCUGGGAGACCUUCACCUUUUGCCGAGAGCAACCAUAUUCUCAGCUAUCUGAUGAACAAGUAAUUGAGAACACCGGAGAAUUUUUUAGAAAUCAGGGACGACAGACUUAUCUUCCACAGCCUCCAUUUUGCCCUGAUUCUGUAUAUAAGCUAAUGCUCAAUUGUUGGAGACGAGAUACCAAAGCUCGCCCUUCCUUCCAAGAAAUCCACUGCUUUCUUCAAGAAGCAACCACUUUGUAGUGAUGCCUUCAAAUACUGUGGACCACCCCUUCCCCCUGCCAAGUUACCCUCUCCAAGUUAUACCUAGAAGUGAAGCCACUUCACCUGGACCCAUCAUUUCCUUCUAUAGCACAGCUGGACUUAAAUCAGCCAUCAAAGGACAGACAAGAGAGAAACGGGCAUCUGACCAGGUCUGCCACAUAACCUCAUUCAAGGUGCUGUGUUUUGGACUGGCAAAGAACGAAAAAGUUAUUUAUCUUGUAAAUGUUCUAGGUUGUGUUUUAUGAAUGGAGUUUGUCUGUGAAAGUGAAGAAGAAAAUAUAUUCUUUUUUCCAUAAAAAAGGAUAUGUAAAAAAGCUUGAAAAUGGAACUGAGCUGGAAAUAGGGACAUGCAAUAGGAAAGUACUGAAGCAAUUAGAACAGCAGCGCUUUAUGCCAGUGCUGUGUGUAGGGGCUGCAAGUGUGCAAGAGGCAGUAAAAGAGCAGAAUGUCUUAUUGGACACAGAACGUAGCUUGUUUAGAACGUCAGCUUUCAUUAGAAAAGUUUCUAGUACUUCUUGGUUUUUACACACACAGCUUGCUAAAAUCCCAAAAGCCAAAGGAGGUACUGAAACAGAUUUUCUAUGAUUUAGGACAGGAUUUGCUAAUCCAGAAUAAGUUGGGUAUAAUUAGAAAAAGUAUGUGAGAACUCGUUUGGUCUAGUGGUUAAGGCUCCUGUGAGUUCUAGUCCUGCCUUAGGUAUGAAAGCUGAUUGGGCCAGUCACUCUCUCUCAGCCCAUGACAUCAGGCUCUGGUGACAAGUUUGUUGGUUAAUUCCUGUCGCAACCAACAGAUCAAUAUUCAGACCUUGUAUCUGCAGGAAAAAUGCUAGGAAGGAAAAAAAAUGGGAAAAAGUAUGCAGUUUUAUAUCAUUUAAACACUAUACAGAGUUUGCAAAAUGUAAUUAAUUUGGAGUGGAACUUAGAUUGCUCUGAGUAGAACUUCCUUUUUUCAGGGUGUGUUACAAAAAUCUGGAUUCUUACAGAAUAUGCCCUGCUCAGUCCAACACACUUCACUCACUGUCCUGUAGGGAAAUGAGUGCUCUGGCCUCUCCCACUUCAAGGGGUACUGGAUUUCUCCUAGCCCUCGAUCUGGGUGCUACUGGAAGAGGAAGGACACCCAAUCCUGAUGUACAGGUGGAAAGUUACAAGAGGAGAAACACAUUCACACUGUCAGCAGGUGUAGACAUCCUCAAGAUAAACUAGAGUCCUUUAGAUACAGAUGUGCAGUUCCUGAGUGAAAGCAGAGUAACAAUAAAGCUUUGUUGAUUUCCUUAAGCAAAGCAUGCUCCUCAUACCAUUUGUACAUGCAAUCUCACCUGGACACCAAUCAACCAGGCUUGGCCAAGUCAUUGACUAGGAGUGUUGGGAAAAGUCUGGCCCAGACGAAGAAGCAACUCCCUUCUUCGCCUCAGUUUUAUAGAAAGACUUGAUGCUAGGCAGCUUCAGAAUGUGUCUUUUGCUCUGAGCUUAGGUACUAGUCAUUUCCUCCUGUGCUGUGCUGCAGUUAGUAUAAUUUUUCAGCAUACCUCGCUUACUUCCCCUUGUGGCUUCUGGCUCCCUGUUUGAAUACCUGACCUUGUUUUUAGCUUAUAGCAGAUAGUUCAUAAAGUACAAAGAUGGAUUUGCUUUUACCUGGUAUCUAACAGAUGCAAUACAUGCUGCUUUAUAGUCAUGCUUCUGGGUGCCCUAAAUGUCCUCUCAUGGGUUGUGGAAGUCUGAAGCCUGGAAUACUGUGUAUAAUUCUGAUUGCCCAUCUCAGAAAAGAGAAUAUGCCAAAAGGAAGGGCAAUGAAAUGCAACCAGAAUGAUCAAGGGAAUGGAGCAUAUGAAGAUAAGCUAGCAUAUUUGGUGCUCUUUACUUCAGAACAGGGUGGAGCAAAGUGGUCAAGAACUGCAGCUCAGCUCCUGACCUUCCAGUGGACCAUAGGAAACCUUUUGGUGAUCUGGUCAUGUCACUGUAAGGAGAGGGACUUAACUUCUUUCAGCCAUUUUUUGCAUCUUUUCAAGAUUUUAAAGGUUGCUAGCAGAACAGGACACCUCCAGGAGGGAAAACUGCUCCUAUCUCCACCCUUAAAACACAGAAAAAUAGCCAAAAUAGCUAUUUGGGGAGCACAUUUCAAAUUCUCCGUGUGUUGGGAGAUUCUUAGAAACCUCCCACUCUCAAUUCCCCAAAUUGCUAAAACACACACACACACUCACGAACCAAUUUCAGGCCAUUUUGAGGGUUUGAGAUAUGGGAGUUUAGUACGAGAGUGGCAAAAUUGCCCAGAGGUCCUCGUGCUCCCAUUCCCACUCCUGUUUAAAGGAAAAAAACCAUUGACAUUUGGCAGUAUAAUCUCAUGGUGCUGGGGCAUGCAAAUUAGAUCUAGGAGAAUCACAAGCAGCCCAUGGACUUUAGAAAAUGGUAAUUAUUAAAUCAUGCAUAGUAUGGGGGUUAGAAAAUGACAACAGAAAAUGUGUACAGUUGGGAUGUCCAGUUAAGCAAAUAAAUACAUAAAUAAAGCAAGAAAACACAGGACUGCUGCUAGAUCAAAACUCAAAAAUCACUGUGACAUGCAGUUAUAGAUCUGUUCUAUCUUUUGUACGUAGAAUCUAAGAAAGAGGGGCCUAUUAGAUGACAAUCAGGCUCCUUUGGAUGCAGGUUGAAUGGUAUUCCAAAAGAUGUAUGUAGUUCUCAAUAGAUUAUGAACCAUAUUAAUUAACAAUAGGCUGGUUCAUGCUUCUGGCAAUCAAAUGUCUUAGAUUUCUCCAUUGUGAAUAUCAGAUUGUUAUUUUCCAAAAUGUAGUGAUGAGAAUGUUUUUAAUGCUAUAGUUUUCGUAUAUGAAACCAGUGACUCCUUAUUUGUUUGGUGUCAGAACACCAAGAAGUUGUGAUUUGUAGAGAUGACUUGGAACCAUCAGCUAAUUGCUAGAAAGUCUAGAGCAUGAUAAGGAAUUAAUGGGUGAGUUGCUUCUUUUACAGGCUUUGGGAUCAGCAGACUCUAAACAAAGACCAGAUUGUCUCAAUAACUUUGAAAACCAUCUGGGAACCACACAACUAUAAUGGAAUAGUUCACAAAUAGUAAAGUAAGAUUCCUUGGAGAGAUUAAGCAAAAGAUAAGGAGGGGGGGAUAGAUUAUUCCCUGAAACCUCAAGGCUGGUCUGUCUUGACAUGUUUUGACUGAGACGAGAAAGUAUGUUUGCUGCCCAGUUUUAACACAUACUGCACUAAUGGAUUUCACAAUUGCUGCUGGAAUCUCUCUUUCUGCUUUCUUGGCAUCCAUCCCAGAAACAGCCUUAAAUCAUGCUUUGUGGGUCUUUAUGGUCAGCUUCUCUACCUUUCCUUUGAUCACUGGUCAAAGAUAGGAAAAGUGAAGUUAUUGGCCUGGCUCUUUUGUCUUUAAGCUCAUGCAUUCCAACUCUGUUUUUUCUGUUUACCAAUUAAUGUGUGCUUAUAUAGAUACAAAGGCCUGCAGCAAAACCUGGCUUCUUUUGUGAGGCUUACUGUUUUUAAUUCAAUAGCAUUUCUUCCUGAUUCCUCAUUUAGGAUGCAGCCAUAGUAGAUUUUUCCCCUGAGCAAUCCACUGUACUUAUCCUGUGCUCAUAAACCUCACAGGAAUAGUUCACUUAUGGAAUCAGAGCAAGGCUAGGGGUAAAAUAGAAUUUAAACUGUUAAAUGUAGGAAGAGAAGAAUGUUCACGUACCCUACACUCCUACACUCUUCCUUCGAAGAAUGGAUAUCAUUUACCUCUCCCAUUUUAUAGAUGAAUUGGCUAGACAAAUGAACAGCAAGCUGGGUUUCCACUUGA